ACAGGAGUGCUACUACUAUUAAUACAAUGAAGUACUCUUCAUUAUCACAGACCUCCUAAAGCAUUAUAUCUCACCAACACAAGAAUCAAAACCAAACCCACCAAAAAAAAAAUGGGAGAUCAACCACAAGAGAUUCAGCAGCCUCUUUAUGUGUAUCCGUCUUCUUCUUCUUCAUCUUCUUCCUCUUAUACCCCGUCCCCGCCUACAUCCUCUAGUACUUCACGUGGCUCGUUCGGUACAGUAUUCAUUGUUCUAGCAGCGAUCCUUAUCUUAGCAGCACUUGCUUGUGUGUUUGGAAGGCUAUGCAACCGCGGUGGAAAGCAGCACAAAGACAAAAACAACAACAAAAAUUCCAAGCAUGAGAAACCGUCGUCAAAGAAGAGCCGUGAGAUCAGACCUGUGGAGCGUGAACCGAGAGAAAGAGGUGAUGUGGAGUUUGGGUUCGAUAUGAAGCGUCCAGGUCCAAUGGGGAAACCCUCUGGUCGAAACGGAGGGGACAUUGAGUUUGGGUUUGAUAACAAGAGAGGAGGAGGUGGAGGAGGAGGAAAAGGAGGGAAAAGACCACCUCCGGUUAUAUAUUAAACAUGGAGUACGGUUUAAGUUACCGGAGAAAGGAGAUUAACAUGUUGAAGGCCACUUCAUCAGACACGGUGGUUCCGACUUCAAACUCCGGUCAGAACACAUUCUUAAUUAAGACAAGAGACUUCUCAUCAUGCUUGUUUACUUUAUUGUAGUGUUCUUGUUUGUUUGAUUUUUGUCUUUUUUGGGUCGUUUGGGUUUUGUUUCAUAUUGGUAUGGAACUUAGAUAUCAAAUUAUAUAUGAAAGCAAGCAAGAAAAAGAAAAAUUAGAUGACAAUUAGUAAAGCUCAAAUAUGUAAAAGAAGAAAAGAUGAUGGAGUUCUUCAUUCAUGUUAUCACACUCAACAAAAAUCCGAAACUCAUAAACAUGGAGAAACAAACAAAAGCAAAACAAGAUUCAAAUGAUCACUCUUUGAGAACUAUUGUGACAUCUCUUUUUCUUUUUGGUUGUUGCUUUUUUCUGUUCUCACCUAUAAUAAGUCUUUUGAGGCAAAUGGCCACCAUUAUGGAGCAAAACUAAAGGUAGCUAGCAAGAAACGAAUCUCACACA